AUGAGUCCUCGAAGAAAUUUGACAAAAGAGUUUGAUCUCAGUUUAUUGAAUCCUGAACAAAAUUUAACAAACGAGUUUGAUCUUAGUCUAUUGAAUGGCUUUGAUUUUAGUGAAUGGCAUGCUCACAACAGUUUAGAAGAAUCACGUGCACAUAAAGAUUUUCAAAUGACCAAUGAAAUUGUGUACGAAGAGGAGGAAGAUAUCUAUAAAGAAGACACAAACAAAUGUACCGGGAACAAUGAGGACAUUAUGUCAGUUGAUCGAGAAAACAAUGAUGGGAUUUUUGAUGAAAUAGCUGCACCAAAGAACACAAAACAGUUACCUGAAGAAGAGCUUAACAGUAUUCACCCAUUUAUCGGGAAAGAAUUUGAAUCACAAGAUGAAGCCUACGAUUCUAUAACCGGUAUGCAGAAAAAUGGUAGAUGGGUAGUAACUAGUUUCACAGAAGAACAUAAUCAUAAGCUUGUUUCUCCAAGCAAACGUCACCACAUUCGGUCAUUGAGAGUCAUAAAAAGCAGCCAGAAACAAGUUAUUGUGAACAUGCGUCUAGCAGGUGUCAAAACAAAUCAAAUGAUGAAUUACUUGGUAGUUGAAUCGGGCGGAGUUAGGAACAUUGGAUUUCUUCCUAAGGAUGCAAGAAACUAUAUAAGUACAAGACAACAAUUGGAGCUAAAACAUGGAGACGCUCAAGCUGUGCUUGACUACUUUCAACGACAACAAGUGGAGAACCCAUCAUUUUUUUAUUCAAUUCAAGUUGAUGCGGAAGGUCAAAUGACCAAUUUUUUUUGGGAAGAUGCUAAAUCAAGGAUGAAUUAUUACUAUUUUGGCGACGUAGUUUGUUUUGAUCCUACCUAUAGUACAAAUAGGUACGACAUGCCAUUUGUUCCAAUAGUGGGAGUUAAUCAUCAUUAUCAAACUGUAUUGUUUGGUGGCGCUUUGCUUUAUUCUGAAAGUGAGGAAUCAUUUGAAUGGGUAAUGAAAACAUGGAUGAGGGCGAUGCACGACAAAGCACCGAAAGUUAUUCUUACAGAUCAAGAAUCAUCUAUUGGAGGUGCUAUAGCAUAUGUUCUUCCAGGUACGCGUCACAGAUUUUGCUUAUGGCAUAUAUGUCGAAAUGCUAUGAAAAAUUCGUCGAAUGUAACAAAAGAAUUCGUUUCAGAAUUUAACAAGUGCUUAUAUGGAUAUGAAAGGAUAAAAGAGUUUGAGCUACUUUGGGCUACGAUGCUUAAAAAUCAUAAUUUGGAAAAAAAACAAAUGGUUAUCAACAUUAUAAGGUAA